UGCAGAGCGCACUGUAGAGAAAGCUGGAGGUGAAACGGUGAAAGAAAAGGAGAUCACUUUAGAAGAGUGGGGAGAGCGUGAGCGCAGCAGCCACCCCGGACCACAAGCCAAGCCACACCGCGCUUGGUGUGGUAACUGGUAACUUGCGUCAUGGCGAUCUCCGGCGAGGAGAGGCACGCGCCCGCCGGAGGCGACUCCGGCGGCGGGAAGCUCUGGAACCUCUGCCGCAUGCCCUUCCGGCAGGCGGGCGGGGCGCCGGCGGCGCCGCCUCCGCAGUCGUCGUCGUCGUCGUCCGGGAUCCACCACUCCGCCGGCCGGUACGGCCACGAGGCGCCCGUCGCUGGGGACGGAGGCGCGCAGGGGGCGUCGGCGGGUUCGAUCUCGUCCGUGGCCAAGUCGCUGCUGCCGGCCCGCCGCCGCCUCAGACUCGAUCCGGCCAACAAGCUCUACUUCCCAUAUGAACCAGGAAAGCAGGUCAAAAGUGCAAUUAGGAUAAAGAAUACAAGCAAGUCCCAUGUAGCAUUUAAGUUUCAAACAACUGCACCCAAGAGUUGCUUCAUGCGCCCUCCUGGAGCUGUCCUUGCCCCUGGGGAGACUAUUAUAGCAACUGUUUUUAAGUUUGUGGAGCACCCAGAGAAUAAUGAGAAUGUUCUACAAAAGUGCAAGGUCAAAUUCAAGAUUUUGAGCUUGAAGGUGAAGGGACCAAUGGAAUAUGCACCAGAACUGUUUGAUGAGCAGAAGGAUCAAGCUGUUGUUGAGAAGAUCCUGAAGGUUGUUUUCUUGGAUAUAAACGGUCAAAGCCCUCAACUGGAAAAGCUCAAUAACCAAUUAGCUGAGGCAGAAGCUGCACUUGAGGCACGGAAGAAACCUCCAGAAGAAAAUGGCCCAAAAAUAGUUGGUGAAGGGCUUGUCAUUGAUGAAUGGAAAGAGCGGAGGGAAAGAUACCUCGCGCAACAGCAGGUUGAAGUGGUCGAUUCGGUGUAAAUUGUACCUUCUGCUGCCCCACAAUCUAUGCAUAUGGCUUCAACAAGGGCUGUGACAUUCCUGUAAACUCUUAGGUUUUGUUGUAGUGUAGUGUAUGUGGUAGUCUAGGGUUGUGCUUGCAGGAUCAGUCCCCAAAGGACAAGCUAACCUCCGGUAUUAUCGGUACUUCUUCGUGUAAUUGUGUUAACAAAUUUGUUGGUGGGUGCUAGUGCUGGAUGCGUUUGUUUGUCGGAGCAAAAUAAAGCGUAUAAUUGUUGGCAUCAGAACAGGUUGAGGCGAGUGCCAUGUAGGAUAUCUGCUUCCUGUUUAUAUUGUCGUGCAAAUGCCGUGCUGAUUGGGGGUGGGGUGGAUCAUAUUAAUCUGAAUUUAUAGAAAACUUAAAACCUGUUGCAGCA